AAAAACAAAACAAAAAAAAAACCAACACAACCAAGAGCUCUUUUUUUCUGAGGGAGGACUCGAAGGAUUAAAAGGCAGCAACUUCUGAGGCGAUUUGUCCCCUGAGUUAUGGAUGUUGGUGCACUUACUUCAGGCCUGAUCAGAGCUCAGAGGGAUCUAACCAGAAGCAGCAACAACCGUCUCUCCACUUGCCUUUUACCAGGUUUUACCCUUCCAGUAUGUUUCAUUUGAUAAGACAUUUUCCAGCGCCCAGAGUUUCAGUACAAUGUGCAAAUGGAUACUGACAAAUGGUGCCUCAGCCUUUUCCCACCUGCCUUGUUGCUGCUUGCUGCUGCUCUUCUUGGUGUCUUCUGUGCCUGUCACCUGCCAUGACCUCGGCCAGGACAUGCUGUCCCCGGAGGCCACCAACUCUUCUUCAUCAUCAUCCUCCUUCCCCUCGUCCUUCUCCUCUCCUUCCAGUGCGGGGAGACACGUGCGGAGCUACAAUCACCUCCAAGGAGACGUGCGCAAGAGGAAGCUCUACUCUUACAACAAGUAUUUUCUCAAGAUCGAGAAGAACGGCAAGGUCAGCGGCACCAAGAAGGAGAACUGCCCCUUCAGUAAGUACAGCUCCGCCGCCGCGCCCCCCGGCGCGGCUGCCGCGGCCCCGGGCGCCCGAGCCCCCGGCUGA